UCACUCCUCACAACCCUCCUCCCCACCAUUACCCUCGCUUACGCCCAAGACUGGCAUUUCGUCGCCUUCACCACACCAAACGGACAAGAGUUCAUCAGCCAAUCAGGCAACAUGAUUCGACAAACUACCUCUAGCCGGGCCUCCAGAGCACCGAUAACUCGGGUGUAUACCAAAACGUGCUCGACGGCAGGAGUGGUAGUUGGUGGUUCGGGACUGGCUGGUGUUGCUCAAAUCCCACACAGAUNNCUUCCCUGGGAUGGUGGUUUCAAUGCCAACGAGGGAGAUGUGCUCUCCUUCAACAACNCCCGCAAUGCGAAUGCUACGGAGUGGGUCAGUGUGAUCGAAAAGAACUGCGGAGAAGCGUCUGCGACAAACUCUUUCCCUAUCGCUGAUAAAAUGAUGAAUGACGCACCAUUUGCAGCCGAGCUGUAUGGAGCUUGGGAUUCUGGUCCGGUGGUGUUCAUGGAUGUGGUUUUAGCUAGUGUGGGCGUGGAUACGGUCACUUGCAGCAUCAAAAGCAUCACGCUCUGGGGCCCCGCAUGA